CGCCUAAUCUCUUGGUAGAUAAGAAUUGGAAUGUCAAGGUGGGUGACUUUGGAUUGUCACGACUGAAGCACAACACUUUUUUGUCAUCCAAGUCAACUGGAGGAACGCCUGAAUGGAUGGCCCCAGAAGUUCUCCGAAAUGAACUUUCAAAUGAGAAGUGUGAUGUAUAUAGUUUUGGUGUGAUAUUGUGGGAACUUGCAACAUUGAAGUUGCCGUGGAGUGGAAUGAAUCCAAUGCAAGUAGUAGGUGCAGUGGGUUUUCAAAAUCGUCGUCUUGACAUCCCCAAGGAAGUCGAUCCCCUGGUGGCACGAAUAAUAUGGGAAUGUUGGCAAACUGAUCCCAGUCUGCGUCCUUCGUUUGCACAGCUUGCCAUGGCUCUAAAGCCAUUGCAGCGCCUUGUCAUCCCUUCAAAUGUGGAAUAGCCAAGUGCACCUUUUCCCCAAGAGAUCUCAGUGAAUUCGUUUUUCAGUCGGUUCAUUUAGAAAAGGGUUGUAAAUGCUAUCAAAUGCGAAGUAAAAAUCACAGCUCAAUGCACAUUGCACAAGAUCUUCUUGUACAGUGAACUGCAAGUUAUGUAUUGGUGUAUUUGUUUUUUGGAAAAUUGGCUUCCUUUAUUUUGUAUAUAAAAAGAACAAAAAUAUUAAGUAUACAAGUAAAAUACAUAAAAGGGGUAUUUCAUUGUGUGAACUAAAUUUUCAA